UUGCUCCGCCCCUAGGCUUGCAGAGCGCAGGCCGUGUCGGCUCCGCCCCACUCGGAGCUGUCCAAUCCACGCCCCGAUGCUGCGCGGGGGAGCGCUGGCGGUCUUGGCUCUCGGCUGCGCGGCCGCCUGGCUCUGGCAUCGCGGGUUCGAUCCCCGCUCGUGGCUCGGGGAUCCCGUCUUGAGCGCCGCCGAAUUGAGCCGCUACACGGGGACGGAGGAGAGCGCCGGGCUGUACCUGGCGGUGCUGGGGCAGGUCUUCGACGUGCAGCGGGGACGCCGGCAUUACGGGCCCGGGGGCGCUUACAGCUUCUUCUCAGGUAAAGAUGCUUCCAGGGCUUUUGCAACAGGCGACUUUACCCCAGCUGGACUGGUGGAUGAUAUUUCUGGCCUUUCGCCCUCGGAAAUGCUGAUCAUCCAGAACUGGCUUUCCUUCUAUACUAAGAAUUACGUGCGUAUCGGUAAAGUGGCCGGGCGAUUCUACCACGAAAACGGGACACCUACCGAGGUUCUGCGGCAAGCCUGGGACCUCAUUGAAAAUGGACAGAAGCUGCAGGCUCAGGAAGAGGAGAAGAAGCAGCAGUUUCCGCCGUGCAAUUCAGAAUGGAGUUCCACUGGAGGAAGUCGUGUCUGGUGUUCCAAACAGAGUGGAGGAGUCAACAGAGACUGGACCGGUGUCCCCAGGAAGCUGUAUGAGCCAGGAUCCCACCGCAGUCAUUGCGUGUGUGUGAAGACGGAAGGGUCAUCUCAUUACAGUCCCAAUCUACAAGAAUAUGAAGGGUGCCACCCACUCUCUGACUGGUGUGCUUUGAAAGACUGAUCCACUUCUGUCUCUCCAGACAGUGUUAGGUGUGCGCCUGUCCUCUUGUCACUUCCACAGACCUGUGAGAUUCAGACAGCCCACUGAGAAUGGGUCUCUUUUGUAAUCCUUCCUGCCAAUACGGGAGCGCUCAUCCAGAGAAACGGGGGAUCUCGCCCACUCUCCAAGCGAGGGGAGUACUUGGUGGUUCUUGU